GCAACCAGCAAUCGCCUUUUCUUUUAUCUCCCCGCCCGCUAUGCAAGUCAACUCGCCGUUGGCGCAGCCGUUUUCGUUUAGCUCGUCCUCGAAUUUCGAGGACUUUUUCAACAUGGACAUGCUCGGUGGCUCGACGUCGACCGGCGACUCCCCGCGCUCGAGCUCGCGCUCACCAGCAGAAUCGUUCUCGACGCUCCCUUCGCCGCCCGCGCAGCCGUACACUUUCCCCGGGACUGACUUCGACUCGUUUUUCCAGUUCGGGCUGGAAGGCGAGGGCACGAAGGUCGAUGCGCUGGCCCCACCGCCCGUGCCGGCGCCGUACGACUUUUUGGGCGCCUUUGCGUCGCUAGCGGGCGCGGGCAGCGGGGGCGCAUCGUCGGGCUCGGAGAGCAGCCCCGCGUCGGCGCAGCAGAGCGAGUCGCCUGCUGUGCUCGCGAUUGACCCCCAGCUCGUUGGCACCCCCACCCCGUCGAAGGCGCAGAGCGAGUUCGGCGACGACGAGGAUAAUGAUGAUGAGGACGAGGAGGGGGAUGAGGAGAUGGCGCUGCCCAAGGUCAAGGUUGGUGGGAAGGGCGCAGCGAGGAAGGGGACUGUUCAGUCGGGUGGCGUGACGAAGAAGACGGCGAACUCGCCGAUGAAGUCGAACAAAGAGAAAAGCGGGUCUCCUGAGCUCGAUGACUGGCGACCAUCCCCCGAGGAGUACAAGAAGAUGUCGAGUAAGGAGAAGCGGCAGCUGCGGAACAAGAUCAGUGCUCGCAAUUUCCGUAUCCGCAGGAAGGAGUACAUCACGACCCUCGAGGGUGAUGUAGCCGAACGCGACAAGCUGAUCGACAUGAUCAGGACCGAGCUACACUCGACAAAGGACGAGAACGCUGCUCUCCGCUCGGAAAUUCAAGCCCUCAAGAAAGCCCUGCUCGAAGGUCGGGCUGCAGGAGAGCCAUCUCCCCUCCCCCCUCCCGGUCCUCUUCCCUCUGUCCAACGCUCGUCCUCUCCCCUGCUCUCUCCGAACAUCCAGAAAGAUAUUCCUUUGUCCCCUCGUCUGGGAGCCAAAGGCUUCUGGGGCGGCAGUCAGAGCUUCGGAGGGAUCACCCCAGUGCACACCACCAUCGUGCCCGAGUUCCCUCUCGCGAGCGCGCUGCUGCGCAAGCCGAUUGUUGGCGACAAGCCGGCGUCGCCGCCGCUGCAGGAGAAUAUCAACCCGUCGCUCAACGCGCCAAAGAAUGUACCCUCUGCUCCUGUUCCUACGAAACUCAACGGCUUCGACUCGUACAUGGAUACGAACCCGUUCACGAUGAAGACGCUCGAUGCAUACCGGAUGCAAUUGUGGGGCAAGAUGGCCCAGCAGCAGCAGGCCAUGCAUGCCCAGCAACAGAAGACCCAGAAGCAACAAGGUCUCACCGGCCUCGCCAGCUCCAUCCGCCCUCACUAUUUCGCUGCUCCCAAGAAGGAACCCUUGUCUUCCGCAAACAACUCGAACACCCGUGCGCCGCUGCCUGGAUCUACUAUCCCAUCUGCAAAGGACAGGGAGAUGGCCCAGCACGCUGUGCUGGCUGCGGUAGCCAGCCAGACGAUGCUGCAGCGCCUGGGCUCCGCGUUCUGGGAAGCAUUCUCUGGACAGUCGCCCUCCUCGUCGUCCGUUGGUCAUGGGCAUAAGCAGCCGGCGUGGGAUGCGGAAAAGGUUAGGAAGGUCCUUGAGGGCACUGCUGUUGUCAAGGUUGUGGAUGUCGAACAGCCUGCAGUCAAGAAGGAGCCGACGUCGCCGAAGCUCACGCCUAUGCAGACCAAGUCGCAAUGCUCGUCAAGGUGCUCGAAUAAUUGUGGUCGAGACGAGAGGAAGUCGUGCCUGUCUCUCCUGGAGGAGAGCAUGGGUGCUCUCAGCCUUGGCCGGAAGGCGUAGGCCUCGACUUGUCUGUUCGAUAUUGGGGGUGAAGAAGAAUCGACUAUAGAAGUAUCGUGAGCUUUCUUGUACAUCAGUCUUGUUUCUCUGUCUCGUAUUUCUCGAGAUGCGAGUCGAUAAUUUGUUCUCCCCGGCUUUUCUCGCGCUCGCCCGUGACGGCCAGUCAGGUGAAGCUCGCACUGUCCUUAAUUUUCCAUUUGAUCACCGUUGUUGUCCUCCUACUUUCCUCCCCUUCUCUGAAUACUCUGUUCUCGCCACCCUCGUGUUUGCUGUCCUUGUCGCUGCUGCUGCUGCUUGGUGUUGAUAUGUCGGCACCACAUCCCCCCUCACUCCCCCUCCUCCAAUCCAAUCCCAAAUUGAAAGCGAGUCCUCGUUUGCGUAGUGUAGUUACAGACCGAAUGCCAGUUUCUCGUAGCUAAUAUAUUAUGCGCCAUUGUUUUCUACGGACUGCAGAAUCUCCUCUUGUAUUGUACAAUAGUCGUCUAAAAUCGAAGGAAUCAACAUCCUCAGGC